CGGAGUGGGGGAUCGUCCUUCCCACCUCCUUAAAAAUCAGGAGCUUCGGAUAAACAUUGAGUGCCGUGUCUGUUGUGUACUCUGUGGCAGGGAGUUUUUUAUUUCUUGGCGCAUGAGGGCCUCUCAUGUGCUGUCUUUACGAUGGAAUUUUUCACCGUCUCAUGAAAUAUGUCACAGCGUCUUCUGUGCGUUUUAUAAUCUCUUGAAAAUCGAUUUAACGUUAUGCGUUUUGAAGCUUUAAACCGAAUCACUGUGGCAUCAUGAAAUAACUUCUGAAUGACUUCGUAAGUUUUAAAAGUGUGAGGUUAAAAGUAUUAACCUCAAGAAUUUUGAGGUUAAUAUCUCAUCAUGGGGCAUCAGUUUAAAGUGUUGGAAUUGUACAGUGGAAUUGGUGGGAUGCAUUAUGCUGUUGAAGAAUCUGGCCUAUCAGCUUCAUUUGUAGCAGCUGUUGAUAUAAAUGAGGUAGCAAAUUCUGUUUACAAACACAAUUUCCCAUCAUCAAUGUUACUACAAAGGAAUAUAUCUUCCUUGUCACCUAAGGAAGUAAAUGCACUAAAGCCUGAUGUUAUAAUGAUGAGUCCACCAUGUCAACCAUUUACUAGAGUCGGUUUGAAAAAAGAUAUUGAAGAUGGAAGAACUGAUUCUUUUCUGCAUGUUUUGACAGUAUUACCUGAGUUACACUCAGUUCAAUAUGUCCUGCUAGAAAAUGUGAAAGGUUUUGAAAUUUCUGAAGCUAGAAACAAACUUAUAUCAGCAUUAGAAAUGUCUGGAUUCAUCCAUCAAGAAUUUUUAUUGAGUCCACAUAACUUUUUCAUACCUAAUGUACGAUUAAGGUAUUAUCUCAUUGCAAAACGAAGUCCUCGAAAGUUCUGUUUUCCCAUUUCAUCAGAAGUGAUGACUUCAUUUCCAUUCAGUCUUUAUUCUCCAGAGAGGGAAAAGAUUGUGGGGAGCAGUUGUGAAGUUUUGAUAGCAGAACUACAGAAAAAACUUCAUGACAUAUUCAAUUUACAUACUGAAGACUUGCAUUGUGAAACUUUUUCUAUUAAAAAAAUUCUUGAAAGUGACCUAGAUGAAAAUCAGUUUCUUGUAAGUUCUAAGACACUUGCUAAGUAUGCUCCGAUUCUGGAUAUUGUGACUCCAGAAUCAAAGAAAUCUUGUUGUUUCACAAAAGCAUAUGGGCACUAUGUAGAAGGAACAGGUUCUGUUUUAUGCCCAUUUUCAAAGGAGUUGAUUCACCAAACAUUUGAAAAAUGCAAAGAUUUGGAUGAAAAGUCUGACGAGUAUACAAAUCUUUUAAGGAACUUGCAUAUGCGUUAUUUCACUCCUGGAGAAAUUGCUCGACUUAUGUGUUUCCCUCCAAACUUUUCUUCUCCUCAAUCAAUCACUCUGAAACAGAAAUACAGAUUAUUGGGAAAUAGUAUAAAUGUUCAUGUGGUUGCCCUGCUGUUUGUGUUAUUGGUACAUGAAGAGUGAAAUUCUUCAUUCCACUGCAAGAGGUGUUAGCUUUUAUGUGUAUAUUAUUGCCAACGAAUCAUUCAUUGUACUUUUAUUUUUUUGAUUCCUUUAAAUAGUUUAUCUAAAAAAUUUUAAGCAAAUUUAUAAAAUAUCAAUAUGUGUUCCGAAGCAUUAGAAAUACAAAAAUGAACUCGUAUUAUAUCUUUGUAUAAUAUUUGAAAAAAAUGUAUGGUAAUGAAUAUUACAGAUUUUCACAUAAAAUUAUUAUUUUGCAUCAAGGUCAUUAGGCCUACAGGAAAAAUGUCUGACUGUAUUAAGGUCUAACAGAAAAAAUGUCUAAUGAAAAUGUGGUCUACAGCUAUAUUAGUCUAAUGAUUAAUCAUCCACAGCUAAAAUGUCUGCUAAAAAAAUGUCUAAUAACUAUAAAGUCUUUCAGCUAAAUGUCUAACGAGUAUAUGGAGCAAGUUAAAAUAUUGGUAUAGUGCUAUGAAGACUAUAGACAACAAAAUGAAAUAUUUGCCUAUUUGAAAGGAUUAAGUUAUCUCUUGAAAUUGCAAGCAGUUGUCGUAGAAGAAAUGAAUAAUUGUAAGGAAGCUCUGUCCAAUUCAUAUUCUGCAUAUAUUUUAUAAAUAUAUUUUUUGAGUUGAACAAACAAUUUAUAAUUGUACUUACUAACUAGACUAAUAACUUUCUUAUGUAGAUCCUUUUUACAUUUAGGCAUUUGCAGUAUCCAUUUUUGCAAGUAGACCCCUUUGCCUGUAGACAUUUAGGCACUAGACAUUUCUGUAUGCAGACUUACUUUCAUUAUAUUUAUUUCAAGUAGACUAGUGUUUUAUGUAAACAUGUAUUAUGUAGACCUUUUAGAGUAAACCAAGUGUUGUUGGACCUCAAAUAUUAACAUUAUUUACAGAGGCCUUAUUUCUGUAGACCUUCUGACUGGUAACCUUUAUUUUUCUUUGAGAUCAGUUUAUUUAAUUUACUUUCUCUUUUUGUUUUUGUUAUUUUAAAUUCUCCGCCAUAGUGAAUUUUCAUAUUUUCUAAAUCUUAUUAGUAAAGAGAACAAUUAAUAUUCUGUAAAUUUAUUAAUGAAAAAAAUCAAAUUCUGCAACAAAGAUUGAGGAAUGUUUCCAUUGGAACCAUUUAUUUUAAAUGGUAUGGUUCCUUACAUUGGUAAGGGACCCAUUGGGGAAAGUCAUUGACAGACCACAGCAUAGUUUUCUUUCUUCCCCCACCCAUUUACGGAUGGAGUUACUGUUUCAUCAUUUGGGCCUUUUGUUGUGAGAACCUUUCUUAACUCGUAAGUGAAGUUUUGUCUUUCAGUAGUUAUUGGCAGUUUACAAAACAAUUUGAAACUUGCAUUUACUGAUAACAUAUUGGAGUAGUGAUUAAUAAUAUAAACAAUUUUCCUUUAUUAUCAAUUUAUUUUGGAUCAUUUGUCCUCUGUCUCCCCAUUGGUGUUCUUUACUUCUUCAGGUCUCAGAACUGCAUUGGUAUGAGACAGUUAACAUCAGUGGCAGCUUGUGCUUAUGUAGCACAACCCAUUGAUAAUCGAAAAAUGUUAUAUGAUAUUGAAAGAAUACACACACUCAUUUGAAUGAUGUUGCAGCAAUACCGAUGUAUGUGAAAUCAUUUUGAAACCAAAGAAGCCGGCGCUCUCUCUAGCGCCUGCUGUGCUCUCUGGUAUUGCUCUUCGCUCUUCAACUAUCAAUACUGCAUUUUCUCUGUGGCCAUGUGCUUCAACAAUGUUGAAUCAACAUAGGGCUUUCGGUGCGGCAACCAAUG